AUGGCCAAUGCGGUCCCCAACUCCACCCUCUACGUCAACAACCUCAACGAGAAGGAGAGCCUCUACGAAGCAUUUGCGCCAUACGGGUCUGUGCUCGAGGUGGCGGCCAAGAAGUCGCUUCGAAUGCGUGGGCAGGCCUUUGUCACCUUUGCCACGGUGGUGCAGGCGACUCAGGCCAUGCAGAAGAUGCAGGGAUCGGUCUUCUUUGACAAGCCCAUGCACAUCGCAUACGCAAAGGACAAGUCGGACGCUGCCGCAAAGGCAGAAGGCAACCUGGAGGCUCAUCAGGAGGCCCGCAAGAAGCGCAAGGCCGAGGCCGAGGCUGCCGCUGCUGGCCAGAUGCCCGAGAGCGAGGAAAACCCGGCGGCAAAGCGCCAGCACCGCUCCAUGGCCGACUCGGAGGCCCCGGCCGCGGCCUCGGAGGCCUCGGCGCCGGUGGCGGGCUCGCUCAUGCCGUCGCAGACGCUGCUGCUGCAGGAUCUGCCUCAGGCGUGUGACACGGACAUGCUCACCACCCUCUUCUGGCAGUUCCCGGGCUUCAAGACCGUCACCCUCCCGCCUGGUGACCGCCGCGUUGCCUUCGUCGAGUUUGAGGACGUUGCCCAGGCCUCAGUCGCACACACCUCUAUGCAGGGCUUUGACCUGCAGGGCUCCAAGCUUGCUGUUACCUUUGCUCACUCGGCCUAG